GAAACAGCACAGCCGCUGCGCCGCUCCAUAAAUUUAUCCCCACUUGACUCGUGCCCGUUGUGCGGCUCCUGCCAUUACCGCAAUAUACUAAGCCGCCAUUAAUGCCCUUAACUCGAGCUCGAGAUCGGAGAAGGGGAGGGAUGGAGGCGGUGUGCGUCGCCACGUCUUGAUCCGUGUUAUUCUGUACUACUCCUACGUGCGAGCCAGCCAGCCGCCCCCCGUUUAAAGACGCCGCACGCCGCUAUCGGUUUCGCUUUCCGCCGGGAGUAUCCGUCGCUGUCGUCGCGCGUCCGUGAGAGGGGCGUGCACGUGCGUGGUGCUCGCCGGAGGGCCGAGAGGUCAGGAUGCUCACGUGCAUCGCUUGCUCCAGGCAGCCCGGCGGCGGCGGGCCGCGGCUGCACGAGCCGCCGGAGGACGAGGACGCCGUGGACGGCGGCGGCGUUAGCGAUGCGGCGACGCCCAGCACGCGGCUGGCCAUCAAGGCACUCACCGCGCAGAUCAAGGACAUGGCGCUGAAAGCGUCGGGCGCGUACCGGCACUGCAAGCCCUGCGCCGGCUCCUCGGCUGGGGCUUCGGGGCGGCACCACCCGUACCACCACCGCGGGGGCAACGGCUUCCAGGACUCCGAGACCGCCUCCGGCUCCGACCGCUUCCACUACGCGUACCGACGCGCCGCGGGCGGCGGCGCGCUGUCAAGCGGGGACGCCACGCCGUCCAUGAGCGCGCGCACCGACUUCCCCACCGGCGACGAGGAGGAGGAGGAGGACGACGAGAUGUCGUCUGGCGGCGGCAAGGAGGACGACGCGAAGGAGUGGGUGGCGCAGGUGGAGCCCGGCGUCCUCAUCACGUUCGUCUCGCUGCCGCUAGGUGGCAACGACCUCAAACGCAUCCGGUUCAGCCGUGAGAUGUUCAACAAAUGGCAAGCACAAAGGUGGUGGGCUGAGAAUUAUGAUAAAGUUAUGGAACUUUACAAUGUACAAAGGUUUAACCAUCAAAGUGUUCCUCUCCCCACUACUCCAAAGUCUGAAGAUGAGAGCUCCAAGGAGGAUAGCCCAGUAACACCGCCGCUGGACAAGGAGCGAGUACCUCGUUCAUUAAACAGAGCAACAUCGGGUGGCGGAGCGAUGGGUUACUCUUCAUCAGAUUCUCUUGAGCACCAUUCAAAUCACUACUGUAAUGGCCUCCACCAGCACCAGCACCAUGGACACCAGUGCUAUGAUUCAGUGGGGCUGGCAUCGACACCGAAGCUGUCAAGUAUUAGUGGAGCCAAGACAGAGACCUCAUCGAUGGAUGCAUCAAUGAGGACGAGCUCCUCUCCCGAAGAGGUUGACAGAUCUGAUGAGCUCUCAGUGUCAAUCAGCAAUGCAAGCGACCAAGAGAGGGAAUGGGUUGAAGAAGACCACCCCGGUGUAUAUAUUACCAUCCGGGCUUUGCCUGGCGGCAUCAGAGAACUCCGGCGUGUUCGAUUCAGCCGGGAGAAGUUCAGCGAGAUGCAUGCGAGGCUAUGGUGGGAAGAGAACCGAGCGAGGAUACACGAGCAGUACCUCUGAGACGGAAGAGACUCACAUCAAAACAACACAACACAGGGACCUUUUUCUUAUUCCACAUGAGCUAGCUGUUAAUCGAUGUACAUUUGGAGUUGGAGCUUACGCCCUCUCUCUUGGCAGCAGCGGUAGUGUAUGCAUGUGAAGUUAAAAAAGGCAUUGUUUUACUGUACUAACCUGCUAGGCUCUGGUUAUGUGUCCAUUGACAUGUUUUCCUUGCACGGUUUUGGGUUCAGUUUGGACUGUGAGUCUGUCUUGAGUAGUAGUAACUCGAAGGGUGUGUAGCCUAGGGAUGCCAUGCCAUCUGUCCUGAAAGGCUGGAACCGUCCGUGGUUUGCAAAAACCCGUGCUCCGUCAGGGAUGCUGGUGUUGUGGAUUCUUACCGGGACUGCUGUGAAAUUCUCGUGUAAGCCUAUUUUUGAAGCAGGCCACUGAGGUGUUUCUUGUCCAA